CGUUCAGUGUCUAUUUAGCGUUUUUCCUUGCGUGACAUAGUUUUUCUUUAGUUAACUAGCGACUUUGUGCGCGUGGUCGAAGUUAACAAAUCCCAGUUCCCGGCUGAGAAGUGGAUAAAACACAAAAGAAAAUUGAUUGUGUAGCGAUAAUUUCCUCAAGCUUUCGUUUGUUUUUUGUUGUUUCGAAUCCUUGUCGGUGCUUGGAUGGAUUGUGUUUGUGUUUUGAAAAGCAAAAGUUCAUUGGAUUUGCCAGUAAUUGGCAGACAGAAGACGGAUUGAUUGAGCCAACACAAUUUGCAGUAAUGAACAAAUCAUCAGUUCUUCAGAAGUGUUAGUGUUGUGUUCUUCGAGAGAAAAUUUGAAUGAGUUUUCCAGCGUUUACCCACAGUUAUUGACUUAGGCGCUGAACGGAACUGGCGCGUGUAUAAACGUGCGUACACAUAGGCAUGGCUCGUAUCGCCGAGGAUAGUGAUUUCGAGGCGCUGAAACGGUUGGUGGACGAUCACGAGGGAUGGACCUUGGAGCUAUCAAAGUCCGAUACACAGGUGUACACGCGUCCGGUCGCCGGAUGCAACUUCAACAUGGUGAAAAUUCACACUGAGUUCGCGGACGUUACGGCGGAUAUUCUCUUCGAUGUGCUGCACGACCCGGACUACCGCAAGGUGUGGGACUCGCAUAUGUUGGCGAGUGAGGAAAUUGGUGUGCUUAACGUCAACAAUGACGUUGGAUACUACGCCAUGUCCUGCCCACCACCGCUGAAGCCACGAGAUUUUGUGCUGCAGAGAUCGUGGCUCGACACGGGUCCUCGAGGGGAACAGAUGCUGUUGUCUCGUUCGGUACCGCACAAGAAUUAUCCUCCCAAGAAGGGCUAUGUGAGGGCGAUGUCGUACAUCACCGGAUUCGUUCUCAGAACCAAAGACCCCUCAAAGACUGGCUGCAUGUUGAAUUACGUGGCGCACUGUGACCCCCAGGGUACUCUCCCGCCGUGGUUAGUUAACAAGGUGACCCACACAUUGGGUCCUCGCAUGGUGAAAGAUUUGAAGAAGGCUGCCCUAGGAUACGUUGUUUGGAAGCAAUCGCAGCCACAUCUGAGGAAACCCUGGCGCUUCCCGGAGGAGAUCAGCUGUCCGAGAAUAUCGAUCGAUGACUGCUCGGAACUAAGCGCCACGCCUACAGUUCGCGCCCUCCCCCAGAUUCCCACCACUCCGGCAGCCAAUGGAAAAAUCAUCGCGGCAAAAAUAACCAAUAGUGAGACAACGCCUUCGAUGGAAACCACAAGCAAUAUUUUGUCUCUGGGAACAACAGCCGGAAAAAACAACAAACCCGACAAGAAAAGCAAAAAGAUGCUGGAGAAGAAAGAAAAAUCUGACGCUAAGCUGUGCGCUAGCAAUGCGAACGGUGCCAGCAGUAGUAACAAAAAGGACGAGAAAAAAGCCAAAAAAGAGAGCAAAGACGAUAGCAGCGUAAAGAAUAAAAAGAACGAAGGAGGCUUGAAGAAGCGAAGAUCAUUGUUGAGUUUAAAAUUCUAGAUAGCCAUCCAAUUUUUCUAAGCUGAGCUAAACUGGAAAAAGAAACGAAACUAUUACGCACACCGUUGGUGAAACAAUAGGAUAGUUCUACUCCAAUCAAACUGUUUUAAGGUUUUACAUUUUUAUCGGUGAGCACAAACAAAACCAUAUCAACAAAUAGAUUCAAUCUGAUCCACGUUUUACAAUAAAAUAAUGCUCUUAAGGCUUUCGAGUGUAACAAUAAAUAGUGGCACGAGCAACCCGACAACAACCAAGAUAGAUCCGAACAGCAAAACAAUUUCGUCAAUUGUGCAAAAUUCGAACGUUGUGAGACGCUUAGUGUAUAAUAAAUUUGUAUAUAAAAUCUGUUAUCUCCACGGCUGAUUGUUCACCUUUGGAAAUAGUCGUAGUAUUUUAAAGUCGUAACCCAAAUCAAAAAAAAGUUUUACCCAACUUUUAAUAGGUACGAAAUAGAACACUUCAAAACAUCGAUUAAUUGUUUUCUCGAUAAUAUUAAGGAUAGACUCCACUGAGAUCCUUCACCAGUUUCAAUUACUUAAACUUCUGACUUUUAUCCGUAUUCAAUCUGUUAAUAAAAUAUCACUGGUACGUUUGAACGUUUGUAUUUCUGAGGCCUUUCACUAGCUAUUUCCUGAAUGAAAAUUGAAAACAAAAAAAAACAAUGACUAAACCAGCAAUUGUGACGUAGACUAGUUUAGUUAACAAAUUCGAAUAUACAACAAACGAGACAUAAACAUGUUACAAUCAAUUAAGUAAGCAAAACUGUAUUAGUUAGAUAUUAAAGAUCUUUUUAUAAAUGCAUGAAGCAAUAUGCAACUAAUAUGUGUCGUGAAAUUCUUUCUAGACAAGAGAAGUUUAUAUACCAAACAACAUGUUAAAUAAACCGUGUCGCUAGGAAAUUUCCCGAUGGUGCACACGAUAAAAUUAGGCCCACAUGUGUGAUUUGGAAGAAUACUAUUUCAUGAUAACGUAUACCAGGCAAAGAUCGAACCAUUCCAAAAUAUUUGGGAUCCUGUAAGUGAUCUUGAAUAAUUUGGAGAAUUACUCCACUAAGCUUAAAUUUGUUGUAUACAUAUAUUGUUAGUUAAUGCGGGAUGCAGGAAAGCUAGGAAUUGUUAUUGUGAGUUAAGAUUACGUGAACUUUAUUUGUAGAUUGUGUUCUCACGGGAGAAGAAGAGAUAAAGGUGUAAUAAGAUGUUGUUCAAUAGGCAGCCGUAUUAUUAUCCUCGUGCGUUCUGUGCGACGAAUGAUAGUACACUAGAGAUAAGUGAAACUAUUUUGUUAGAGUUGGCCAAAUCGUUAAAUAAAAAUAAUUUUUCUGAGAAAUUAUA